AUGAAUCCUACCCUAACCCUAGAUCCACCUCCCCUCUCCGCGCCGGACACGUCCGUCGACGUCGGGGACGCGUCCAGCCGCCGCCCCCACCAAAUUAGAGAGUACCAUGUGUCCCCGCCAGCCUCCUCUCUCUUCCCGUGCCGCUGCGGCCCGCCCGGCCCGCGGCAGGCCCGCCCCGGGCCGCGACCGGGCCCGAGCGCGCCCGCGCCCCGCUCCGGCUCUGCCGCCUGUCGCGCCGCCGACCCCGCCUCCCGAGCGCCGCCGCCUCCCGCCACGGUUCUGCGCCACGCCGUCCCGGUUGCUCGCCGCCUCACCGCAGGCACCCGCGCGCCCGAGCCGCCGCCGCCUUCGCCGGACCUCGCCAUCCCGCGCCUCGGCUCCGGCCGCCGCCGCGCCUCGUCGCCCGGCCUCGCCGGACGGUCGCCGGAGGGCGCCGCCUCCCGGUCCGCCUCGCCUCGCCUCGGCCUCCUCUUCGUCCCGCCGACCCUCUCCGGCCCGGAUCCGGCGGGAUCCGGACGAGCCCUGCCCGGGACUCCUCCGGCGAGCCUCGCGUCUCCGGCUGCCGUCUUCCUCCACUUCGGCAAGAUCCCGGAGGCUGUAACAUUGUGA